AUAGUAUAUUGUAAUUCCGACUCACUCAGCCUUGAGCCAACUGACAACUGACGUCACCAUCUUCCUGCUCACCAGGAGAGGUUCCUGUUCUUAUACACACAUACACACGCACACGCGCACGCACACACACACUCACACACGUUCGGUACUUUCGUAACUUAAAAGUGUUUGAUUACACGUUGAUAGUGUUGCGUGUUGCCAAAGCAAAUAGAAUGAAUCAAUUAAUGAAGGGAAGUGUACUUAUUUAUUCUGGCAAUUGAACAGAAUAAAAUCAUAUGUAUCAUUGGCCUUCAGUUUAAUUGAAAUAUCACGUUUUUUUUGAUUUACUUUACUCGUCUUAAUUGUUUUACUUUAUUUUUUUAUAUCUGGCAUUGCAGCCUAGACAUUCUUCAAACUGGAUUAACUGUUCUCAUACAAUUUGAAACAUAUAAUUUGCUGCAAGAUACAAAAAAAAAAUCAUACACCAGCUAAAAAUACCAGGUGAUUAACUAGCGUCUCAGAACCACAGAGUGAGGGAAUUCCAAAGAUUGUCUAUGUUUGAGAAACAAACUCAUGUGGUUGGACAAAAUCACCUAUCCAGUGAAGCACCUGACCUCAUGCUCACAAUCAUUCCCACAGUGUGACAAACCAUGGAAUUAUUGGUAACCAGACAAAAAAAAUAGCAUAGAAAUGAAUUGGGUCUAUUACUCUGACUGUUGAUAGAGAACCAUUUUGAACAAGGAAAUAACACGGAGGCGUCCUCAGUUUGAGAAGAACUGUGUGCGUGACGGAAGUCAGAUCUGUUUCAACCAACUCUGCACUAUGGACUGUCCUGAUUAUCAUGUGGCUCAAAGGCCAUGUCAACAAUCUGAUGUGUCCUUUAAAUCUUGCAAUUGACAGGAAAACGUUGCAUCUUUAAGGGGGCACUCCACCCAUUUAGUGUUGCACUUCCAUACAUUUACGAGGGACAAAUUAAAAAGAGAACGGUGAAGGUCUAGGCUGCAUUGGGCAACCUCCAUCUCGUAUCCCCUCUUUCGAAAGAUUUGGUCGGUAAAUGUCCUGGUAUCCAGUUUGUAACACAGUCUUUACAUUUUUUAUUUUCCAAGCCUAACCCGAAAUAACCCUGCUGACAUCACCAGAGUUAUUUCAUAGAAUCAGCAAGUAAAUACAUUUUGAUACCCGGUAAACGAGACAGAGUGAGAUGCUGUUUCCACCUCUCUGAUUUAAUCUCCCGACACCUCCUUCGCCCCGCCUCCCUCUUUGAAACGUCAACAGCGCCAAACUUCAGGCUCCCUCACGGGAAGAUGACCACUGGUGCCGAGGAGCCGCAAUGGAGGAAAGUCCAUUCCGUCGCAGGAGUGGUACCGCGGUCCAGACACGGACACCGAGCUGCUGCUAUACGGGAGCUGGUUGUUGUGUUCGGUGGUGGAAAUGAAGGGAUAGCGGAGGACCUCCAUGUUUACAACACUGUCUCAAAGCAGUGGUUUCUGCCUGCAGUGAGGGGUGACAUCCCACCCGGCUGUGCUGCCCAUGGCUUUGUCUGUGAAGGCACCCGAAUACUGGUCUUUGGCGGCAUGGUGGAGUUUGGGAAAUACACUAACAGCCUCUAUGAACUUCAGGCUAGUCGCUGGCUGUGGAAGAAGCUGAAGCCCAGAGCCCCCAGGAACGGUCUGCCUCCCUGCCCUCGGAUUGGACACAGCUUCACUCUUGUGGGUAACAAGUGUUACCUGUUUGGAGGGCUGGCCAAUGAUAGUGAAGACCCCAACGGCAAUGUAACAAGAUACAUGAAGGACUUCUAUGAGCUGGAGCUGCAGUCGCUGUCGGGGGCAAGAGGCUGGAGCAUCCCAGAGACCAAGGGUGGCGGUCCCUCAGCGCGGGAGUCCCACACCUCGGUUGCCUACACUGGCCUCGGCUCCCCGAAGCUCUUCAUCUUUGGAGGGAUGCAUGGACGACGGUUAGACGACCUCUGGCAGCUCGACCUCGACACAAUGGUUUGGUCGACGGCUGAAACCAGGGGCUCCACGCCACUUCCCAGAAGCCUUCACUCUGCCAGUGUCAUUGGAAACAAGAUGUAUGUUUUUGGUGGCUGGAUUCCUGUGCCAGAGUCAGACAAACACAAUGCUUUAGGAACUGAAUCCAUCUGCAGUGACUCUUUAAGUGUACUAAACUUAGACACUAUGUGCUGGCAGAACCUGGGCCCAGAGCAGCAAGACAAUGUCGAGUCCCAGCUGCAGAGCCAGGGACCCCAGAGUGACGACCAGUACGCCUGUCGGCCCAAAGCCAGGGCCGGCCACUGUGCUGCCACUGUCGGGUCCAGGCUUUACAUCUGGAGCGGCCGUGACGGAUACCGUAGGAGCUGGAACUACCAGGUCUGCUGCAAGGACCUCUGGUACCUGGAGACAGGUCGACCAGCCGCCCCAGAGGCAGCCUUACUCAUCAAAUCCACAGUCAGCAUGCUUCAUGUGGCGUGGCGCCCCCUGGCGGCAGCAGACCACUACAUUCUUCAGAUCCAGCCAGCGCCUCCACCAGCCAAACCAGCCCAUCCAACUGGAACAGAUGGACUGGACACUAAGGGGAAAGACUCUGCAGGUGUGCAGUCUCUUCAGCCUCAAACUGGAGGAACCUCUAAUAUAGAGGCAUCAGCACAGGAUGCUUCAGCGGUGCAGGAAACUGUGGCAGAAUCGGCCAAUGGCUCAGCAGAGACCAAAGCACAAAGAGGGAUGAGUGCUGGGAGGGAGACAGAGAAGGACUCUGACACACAACGCUGCGGUGCCGGACAGGAGACAUCAGCAGCAGAGGUCAGCAGCUCAGCUCAGCACCAGACGGAGUCUCAACCUGUUUCAGCUGACAAGACAACAGACUUCUACGCCCAUACACAUCAGCAGAAUCCAGACGAAGCUGUGUGGUUUGAUGUUGGUGUGUUCAAAACACUCUUCUCUGAGGUCAGCCACUACUUUCUACCUGCUGACAGUGACCAGGCGACUGCAGCCAUCAGCAGCCGGCCGCCAAACACUAAAGAGAGAAAGCUUCCAGGGCCUCAGGACUAUGAGAGCAGAGAGAAGCAGGAGCUGGCUCCGGGUCAGACCUACAGGUUCAGAGUGGCAGGCAUCAACUACUUUGGCCAGGGAGACUUCAGUCCCGUCAGCGAGUUCAAGACCUGCCAACCUGGGUUCCCUGGAGCGCCCUCUGCUGUCAAAAUAACCAAGGCCAAUGAUUCCGUCCACAUCACAUGGGAGGCUCCCCCCUCUCCAUCAGGCCGGAUCUUGGAGUAUUCCAUGUACAUGGCGGUAAGGAAGAGCCGCUCCACCAGCUCGGAGCGUCCGGGUCAGAUGUCCUUCAUCAGGAUCUACCGCGGCAGCAAGACGUCCUGCUCGGUCGGCUCCGCCCACCUGGAUAACGCCCAAAUCGACUGCUCGGCCUCCAACCGGCCGGCUGUGGUCUUCCGCAUCGCUGCUAAGAAUGAGCAGGGCUACGGCCCGGCGACGCAGAUCCGCUGGAUUCAAGAUUUCAAUAAAUUGCGAGUGUCUGCAUCCAAAGCCGACGGCAAUGCUGAGGCCGAUCAGGAUGCUGCUGACAGCUCCAGUUGAAAAUGUUCGGAGCUAUGACACCGUGUUUUGGAGAAGACGAUGUGUGCACUCAGGAAGUUGGCAAAGUACCCCAGUCAGAUGUUGUAUAUUUCCCACAGAUGGUUAUGUUAAUUUAUUUUUUUUAUGUAUUAGUACCGUGUAAAUAGAUUUCCACAGUAAGUUUCACCACGUGGCUAUUUUAAAAAAUUGUUUUGUUAAGUAAUAAUAUGUAACUACAAGCAGGAUCUACUCCAUCAGCCACUGAUGCUUUAUAAAGUAUGUCGUGGUUUUGAAUGAAACACAGAUGGUUCAAUGUUUUCAGGACCAGGACGUCAGAAAGGAAGUAUUUCUUUGGCAUGGACCAAUUUUAAAAUCCAAUUUACACAGUGAGGCUAUAAAAUACCAGUUGUGUCUACAGCGAAUGUUACUGUUGUUUUACAAUCGGAUCAUUUACUAUCAUUCAGGUUUGGUUUAAGAUCUUUGUUGAUGUGUUUUGUUAAUGUACACAUAUGUUACUACAAACAUUUUCACUCUAUUACAUUGCUGCAUCACA